CUGACGGGUCCAUCAUGGCGGCCACGGCCACCUCCGCCGCGUUCAAGCGGCUGGAUCUGCGUGAACCCCGCGGGCGCUUUUUCGAAGACCCACGGAGCGGAAGGAGAUCCGAGGCCUGGAAGCGCCAGCUGAACCUAUCCACGUCGGUGCGCUCAGGUCAUUCCAAUCCGGUGAGCCCCAGCGAUCCCUCCUCCGACCGCCAAUUAGACCUGCGGUGGAAGGAUGCAGCCCCCGAGCACACCCUAAGGUUGGAGCAGCGUGUUGUGUUCUGUGUUCAGGGCGCGAGGCCACAGCCGGCCCGGGAGAAGUUCUACAGCAUGGCUGCCCAGAUCAAGCUCCUCUUAGAAAUCCCUGAGAAGAUCUGGAGCUCGAUGGAAGCCUCCCAGUACCUCCACGCCACACAGCUGUACCUGCUCUGCUGCCACCUGCACAGCCUGCUCCAGCUGGAUUCUUCCGGCUCCCGAUACAGCCCUGUCCUCUCCCGCUUCCCCAUACUCAUCCGGCAGGUGGCAGCGGCCAGCCACUUCCGGUCAACCAUUCUGCAUGAAAGCAAGAUGCUGCUCAAAUGCCAGGCUGGGUCAGACCAAGCAGUGGCGGAGGCCCUGUGCUCUAUAAUGCUCCUAGAAGAGAGUUCUCCUCGCCAAGCCCUGGCAGACUUCCUGUUGGCCAGAAAGGCAGCUAUUCAGAAACUCCUCAACCAGCCGCACCACGGUGCUGGUGUCAAGGCUCAGAUUUGCUCAUUAGUGGAGUUGCUGGCCACCACUUUGAACCAAGCGCAUGCUCUUUUCUACACUUUACCGGAAGGGCUGCUGCCAGACCCGUCCCUGCCAUGUGGCUUGCUCUUCUCAACUCUGGAGACCAUCACAGGCCAGCAUCCUACUGAAAAGGGCAUCGGCGUUCUCCAAGAAGAGAUGAAGCUCUGCAGCUGGUUCAAGCACCUGCCGGCAUCCAUUGUCGAGUUCCGGCCGGCUCUGCGGACCCUCGCACAUCCCAUCAGCCAGGAGUACCUAACCGACACGCUGCAGAAAUGGAUCCACAUGUGCAAGGAAGACAUUAAAAACGGGAUCACCAGCCUGCUCAUGUUCGUGAAGAGCAUGAAAGGCCUGGCGGGGAUCCGGGACGCCGUGUGGGAACUACUUACCAACGAGUCCACCAGUCGCAGCUGGGACGUGGUGUGCCGGCGGCUUCUGGAGAAGCCCCUCUUGUUGUGGGAGGAUUUGAUGCAGCAGCUGUUCCUUGACCGAUUACAGACGCUGACAAAAGAGGGCUUUGACUCUAUCUCCACGAGCUCUAGGCAGCUCCUCACCUCCGCCUUGCAGGAGCUCGAGAGCAACACCAGCAAGUCCGCUUCCAACAAGCACAUCCAAUUUGAGCACAACAUGUCUCUCUUCCUCUGGUCCGAGAGUCCCGGUGACCUGCCUCCCGACGCCGCCUGGGUCAGCGUGGCGAGCCGGGGCCCAUUUGGCGGCAGUGGGCUCUCCAUGAAAGCUCAAGCUGUCAGUCCUUGUGUACAAAACUUCUGUGCUGCCCUAGAUGCUAAACUGAAGGUGAAACUGGAUGACCUCCUGGCUUACCUUCCCUCUGACGACUCGUCACUGCCCAAAGAGGUCACCCCCGUGCAAGCCAAGAACUGUGCCUUUGACAGGUACGCAGACGCCGGGACUGUGCAGGAGAUGCUGCGGACUCACUCGGUGGCCUGCAUCAAGCACAUCACGGACUGCGUCCGGGCAGAGCUGCAGAGCAUCGAGGAAGCUGUGCGAGGCCAGCAGAAUGCCCUGGGCCGUGACAAGCUGCAUGCGGUCCUCUUCAUGGCCAGGCUCUGCCAGUCCCUGGGAGAACUGUGUCCUCACCUGAAGCAGUGCAUCCUGGGAAAGUCUGGGAGCUCUGAGAAACCAGCAAGGGAUUCCAGGGCUCUGAAAAAACAAGGAAAGGGGAAAACGGAGAAAGUCCUACCUACGCAGGCCCAGUGGCAGGAAGUGAAGGAGCUCCUCCUGCAGCAGAGUGUGAUGAGCUACCGGGUCUGGAGCUCGGCGGUGGUGCAAGUUUUAGCCCAUGGAUUUGCCCAGUCAUUACUUUUAGAUGAUGCUGGCUCAGUCCUGGCCACGGCCACCAGCUGGGAUGAACUAGAAAUUCAGGAGGAAGCGGAGUCUGGCAGCAGCAUCACAUCCAAGAUCCGACUCCCUGUCCAGGUAAGCCGGGGCCCCUGUCAGAGCCGGACUGAGACCUGCUCUGAGGAAAGGAAAGAGCUUAGAAAAUCACUAAUGGUCAGCUGCGAAAUUAAUCGGGUUGGAGGCCAUGCCUUGCCCAAGGUGACGCUGCAGGAGAUGCUGAAAAACUGUGUGGCUCAAGUAGUAGCUGCCUAUGAGAAACUCUCAGAAGGAAAAGAGACGAAGAGAGAAGGUGCAUUUCCAAUGACCCAGAACCGGGCACUGCAGCUGCUUUACGACCUGCGGUACCUCAGCACUGUGCUCACAGCCAAGGGUGAAGAGGUGAAAAGUGGCCGCAGCAAACAUGACUCCAGAAUUGAGAAAGUAACUGACUACUUGGAAGGACUCAUUGAUCCCUUUGACCUGGAUGUGUUCACACCACACCUCAACAGCAACCUCACACGCCUGGUGCAGCGAACUUCUGUUCUAUUUGGACUGGUUACUGGUACAGAGAAUCAGUUCACCCCCAGGAGCAGCACAUUCAACUCGCAAGAACCCCAUAACAUACUGCCGCUGGCAUCGAGUCAGAUCAGGUUUGGACUUCUUCCACUCAGCAUGACAAGCACUCGAAAGGCCAAAUCAACCAGCAGAAGCAUCGAAUCCAAAGCCCAGGUUGUCCCCCCGGCACUCUCCCGAGCAGAUGACCCGACGCAUCCUGGCUCCUUAUUCAGACAGUUUGUCAGUGAGGACGAAGACUCUACACCUUCCUUAUUCAAACUUGGUUGGCUCUCUAGUAUGACUAAGUAACAUGGGACCUGGCCAUCACUCUCUAAAUAAAUACUACUGCAUCAUUUCUACUAA